CGAACAACGUCCUCCAUGCGUUCCAAGCUGGCUCUUGUUGAAACUUUAUUGCUAAUUUCCGGCUUUCUCAGAGGAGUCCAGCAUGGCGCCGUUAAAGCCACAGAAGCGGAAAGCCAAGAGAUACUUUGAGGAGGAAGAGGAGGAGAAGAAGCGUCCCCUGCCAUCAAGGAGAAAUGACCAGAAAAAGAAAAGAGAGAAGAGGAAGAAGCAAGAACGUGGAACAACAUGGAAUCAGGGGAAGAUUGACGGGAAAGAUGUGAUAUCCGGGGCAAAGGACCCUUUUCCUGGCUUACCCUCUGUGCCUGAGGAUCAGCUGGCAAAAUAUGAGCGGGCGAGGAAAGAGACAGAUAAAAAGGGCAGCAUUCCACGCUUAAAGGAACAUCUGCGUUUUGAGGAGAAUAAGGUGGAGACGGCGAUGUCCCAGGCCGCCAGACAUGACCUAUUAUUGCCGGAGGAGGCUGGGUACCUGGAAGGAGACGAGGGCGAGGAUACCAAUACCAUAACCCAGCAGGACAUAGCGGAUGUAGUGGAUAUUACCAGCGCUUCCAAGCAUUUUAACCUCUUCCUCAAUCAGUUUGGACCAUACAGAAUCAACUACUCCAGAAAUGGAAGGCACCUCCUCCUGGCCGGUCAGCGCGGUCACAUUGCCUCCCUAGACUGGCACACCAAGAAGCUGGGCUGUGAAAUGAAUGUGAUGGAGACUGUCAAUGACGUCAGGUGGCUACACACAAAUACGAUGUUUGCAGUGGCUCAGCGGAAGUGGUUAUACAUCUACGACUCGCUAGGGGUGGAGCUUCACUGCGUCAAGAAGUUUAAUGACGUUUUACGAAUGGAAUUCCUACCAUAUCAUUUCCUGCUAGCGACGUGUAGCGCCACCAGUUUCCUGCAGUACUUGGAUGUCUCUGUUGGAAAGGAAGUCGCAGCUACUUUUUGUAGGUCCGGAAGACUGGGUGUAAUGUGUCAGAACCCACAUAAUGCCAUCAUCCACCUGGGUCAUCACAAUGGCACUGUCUCCCUCUGGAGCCCAUCUGUAAAGGAGCCCCUGGUGAAGAUGUUGUGCCACCGCGGAGCAGUCCGAUCGAUGAGUGUGGACAAGACAGGAAUGUACAUGGCCACUUCUGGUUUAGACAAAAAACUGACCAUCUUCGACCUUCGAACUUACAAGCCUUUGACAUCCUGCGGCAUACCCAUGGGGGCAGGGACUCUAUGCUACAGCCACAGGGGUCUGCUGGCUGCAUCAACUGGCAAUAUUGUACAGGUAUACAAGGACACCCAUAUUACCGAGCCCAAAUCUCCGUACAUGUGCCUUUCCGUGAAAGCACCAAUCCAAGGGCUCCAGUUCUGUCCCUAUGAGGAUGUCCUGGGAAUCGGUCAUGGUGGAGGCUUCACCAGUAUGAUUGUACCAGGGGCUGGUGAGGCCAACUUCGAUGGUUUGGAAUGCAACCCGUACGAGUCCAAGAAGCAGAGACAGGAAUGGGAGGUCAAAGCUUUGCUUGAAAAGAUCCAGCCUGAGCUCAUCACUUUGGACCCCACUCAGUUGGGAGAGGUUGACGCCAUCACCAUGGAGCAGAAACGCAAAGAGCAAGUGGAGAGACUGGGCUUUGAUCCCUACGAGAAGACUCGCUUUACUCCUCGUCAAAGGCGGAAGGGAAGAAGUUCCACCGGGAAUAUCCUGAAACGCAAGAAGAAGGUCGCACAUGAGGAUAAAAGGGAGGAAAUCAAGAAAUCCCUAAAAGCCCGUAAGAAGGAGAAGAAAGGGAGCAAACCGGCAGCUGCUGAUGAUCCCAGUCAUCGAACAAUAUUGGACAGGUUCAAAAAGUGAUCAGCUGAGCGUAUGAUGAGGACAGCCGUCUGUAAAACGGCGUUCUGCCAAAACAGCCAACUCGUCAAAGUCUCCAACCACAUCCCUACCCGUGACUCUCCAGCAGCAGCAAUUGCAGAUUGACAAGUUAUCUGUUUUCACAGCGUAUACACUACGCUACACAAUAUGAUGAGUAAACAGUGUUAGUCCGCCCACUGAUAACCAACAAUAUGGCCGCCUCCAAGGCGGUGACAACUUUUUUUCUCCUUAGUUGGUGUUCUGUGAUAACAGUUAACUUGUCGUGUACCGUAGUGUAUAUAUACACUGCCAGUCUUCUGUGAAAACAGCCACCUCAUCGAAAUCUCCAAAUACAACUGCUGGAUAAUCACUGGAAGUGACGUCAUUGGAGAAUUUGACGGGUCGGCUAUUUUGGCAACACCAGCUUCCGAGGUGCUGGUAGUGCCAACACUGAAAUACAUAUGGCACUCGGCAGAGCUGAGCAUAGUGCCCUCUAGGCCAGGGGUCUCCAAACUUUCUAACAAAAGGGCCAGCUUACUGUUCUUCAGACUUUAGGGGGACCGGACUGUGCCCAGUGGGAGUAAACCACGCCUGAUCUAUGGCAGGAAUGAUGCCGCAUUGUUGAUGUCUGUGGCAGGAAUGAUGCCGCAUUGUUGAUGUCUGUGGCAGGAAUGAUGCCGCAUUGUUGAUGUCUGUGGCAGGAAUGAUGCCCCAUUGUUGAUGUCUGUGGCAGGAAUAAUGCCUCAAGGCAAACAAAGGGCCACAGUUUGGAGACCACUGCUCUAGGCUAUACACUUGCCUCCCUCUCUGUAUAUAUGUUUCAUAAUAAAUGCCUUUUAUAGUGUUUUUUUUGUUUCUUUUUAAUCUUACAACUGUGGUCUGAUAAAAACUUUAUUGAUAAAAACAAAAAAACACAAUUUGCCUUAA